UUGCCUGCAGGGUUUGUGGAGAUGGAAAGACGUGUGAUUAGAAGUACAACCAGAGUAAGCUAGAUAAGUAGCAUUCUCGCACACCUCUUUAUCCUGUAAGUUAUCCUCUGCAGAGGAUUAGCUAUGUAAGAUAAGCGUUAAGGCUUCAAUAGCAAACAAACUGCUUUCUUUGCCUAAUGGUACAUCUCUUGGAUCGUCAUGAUGUGGACAGUCUUCAGCCUGGUUCUUGUCAGCUCCCUUUUUGUACUCAAAAGUGAGGCACUGCAGUGUUACACCUGUGUAGGUUCUAGUGAUGAAGACUGUAACAGACAAGGAACUCAGCAAUGUCCAGGGCAUUCAGAUGCAUGUGCGGUCAUUAGAGGACAAGGAAGUGGCAUUAUGAAGUCCUGUUCGUUCAGGUCCUUCUGCGAGCGGGCCAGGAGGGACGGAUCCAGAGCGCCUGGAGUGAGCGUUCACUGCUGCUACUCAAACAACUGCAAUGCAAAAAGCUUGGCUUCGAGAGUCACCACCUCCACGAGCUACUUCUCCCUCCUCAUCUUUACAUUGCUGUGGCAUCCGUUGUUGAAGCUGACAUGAGGGGCUGGGGGGGAAGACUAUCCUGAAGCAACAAGUCUGCCUUCUCAGAAAGGGAUGAUUACAUUUCCUAAUUAUGUUACUCCAUGUACCAUAUUUCUCAGUAGGCAAAAAGCAGUAGGCAGACCUGACAGAUGUUCAGAUAAAAA